AUGGCUUCUUGCAACGUCAUGCGAGGAUCAAAGAAUGGUUUGGAGGUAAAGAUCAGGCAAGAAAAGAAUCCUGAACUAUUAGACAUUGAUGGAGACGUAUGCCAUCACAUCCAUAAUGCAAGCAAGAAGUUUUGUGAGCCAUUCAAGUAUUACGUUGAAGGCCUCUUCAAUGAUGUUUUCAAUGACCAUCGAUGGUCUGUAGAUCUAAGAGAACUUCUCCAAGAGGUUUGCUCCCUCCUUAACAUCAGCUUCACAGUGUCAGAGCGAUUCAUCAGUCAUAGAUGGCUCUCCUGCUAUGACUGUGCACUUUCAUCACUGCGGCUGUGGGAUGCCUACCAGGUUUUCUACUUUGGUUUUAUGACGAAGGAGGACAUGGCAUUUUAUCUUAGUGAGAUGAUAGCUAUUUUCCGGAAGCAUGAUGUCAGCCUCGCUGCCAAGGAAAGGCUGAAGCAGAUUUGGAAAUUGAACGGUUCCAAGAACAUGACCAAUGAUGGAAAGAAGCGGAAAAAACAUAUAAUUUCCAAAGUUAUCUUUCAGGCCAAGAAGUCUAUCCUAACUCUCAGCUUUUACCAGUCAGUCCUCCCACUUCUGAAGAGCUACGUUGUCCUCUUUCAGUCCAAACAGCCAAUGGUACACAUACUGGCAGACCGACAGGAGCAACUGUUCAGAGACUUUAUAUCCUGUUAUGUGAAGCAGGAGGAAAUAUUGAACAAGACACCCUCUCAGCUGAAGACAAUGCCCCUAACUGAAGAUAAUGGUCAGUUUCUCAAGGAAAAGGAAAUGUUUGUUGGAAACAAAGCUGGGCAUAUCCUGAAGAACACAAAUACUGCUGAUUCCAUUGCGCUGAACUUCAGAAGACAAGUGUCGACCGCCAAUAUAGUAAUAUGUGGGGACUCUCAAAUGAUUACAAACGGCCAAACACUAGACUUAUAA